UAUCGAGUGAGUUAGCUUAAUUAAAGAAGGAAGUACGAUUUAAUGUAUUCUUUCUAAUAAUUGAAAAAUCAAUAUAAAAAUCAUGGAUUUCUUUUCGUUGAAAAGAAGAUAAUCUUUUAUUUUCCAAGGGAAAAAAUGGCUGCAAGUUUAGACAAAUCCACUUUGAGUCAAGAUCGUGUCGACUUAGUUGAUGACGACGAGAUCCAAUCUCAAGUUGAUUUGAAGCAGAUGACUAGAAAGAUCGAUUUCAGAUUACUACCAUUAUUGUUUUUCUGUUAUACGUUACAGUUUAUGGAUAAGUUAGCGUUAAGUGCUGGAUCAGUGUUCGGAAUCAAAUCAAUUUUAGAAGGAAAUCAAUAUUCAAAUAUAUCUUCUAUUUUCUAUGUUGGAUACAUUAUCAGUCAGCCGGUUGUUGUUCGUUUGAUUCAAAUAUUCCCACCAUCAAAGUUACUCACAUGCUCUGUUUUCUUCUGGGGAAUAAUCUUGAUGUCAUCUUCCGGGAUAACCAAAAGCCCAUAUGCCUCGUUUAUGGUAUCAAGACUUUGCCUUGGUUUUGUUGAAGGGUUUACCGGCCCCAUUAUGAUGUAUUAUUCCGGGGCAUUUUACUCCAAAGCCCAGCAGCCAUUAAGGGUAGCCAUAUGGUUUUCAGGGAAUGAUUUUGGAGGAAUAUUAAGCGGGUUCAUUGCGUAUGGAUUAGGACAUAUUAGGAAUGGGUAUUUUUCUGCACCAUGGUGUUACAUUUUUCUAGUUUAUGGAGCCAUGACAACUGCAUGGUCGAUAUUAAUUUUUUUCUUCCUUCCUGAUACACCAGAAAACAGUAAAUUUUUAACUUCUGAAGAAAAAGAGUACUUUAGAUUGUAUAGAAAUCAAUCUAAAAUUGAGCGUAAAUGGGAUUGGAAUGUUUUGGUUGAAAGUCUCUUGGAUAUUAAAACAUGGUUAUUUGCCUGUUUGGUUUGUUUUAACAUUUUACCAAAUGGAGGUAUUCUUUCAUUUGGAUUUAUUAUAAUUGAAAGUUUUGGAUUUUCAUCAAUUCAGACUGCCCUUUUGAAUGUACCAACGUCGGUAGUUACUUGGGUAGCGAUUGUUUUAACGGGGUUUUUAUCAUCGCAUUUGAAAAAUGCUAGGUGUAAUGUUAUUGCAUCAUCGGUAAUAUUACCAAUUAUCGGUGCAGCAUUAAUAUAUAGUAUUAGAGAAAAGGGAGUAAGAUUAUUUGGGUAUUUCUUAUUAUGUGUGCAGCCAUGUACGUUCCCAAAUGUUUUGGCAUUAGUAUCUUCCAAUACUAAAACCACUCAGAAAAACACCGUUAUGGCAGCAAUAAUAUUUGUUGUUUAUUGUUGUAUGAACAUAGCAGCACCACAACUAUUCAAAGAAGAUGAGGCACCAAAGUACCAUACUGCCUUCCGUACCUGGUUUAGUUGUUUUGCGUUAACCGUGGUAUUUUCCCAAAUUACAAGAUUUUACUUAUAUCGUCAAAACAAGCCUAAAGUACAUACUGCUUCUGAAGAUACUGCUGAUGAUACUCCCGAUCAUCAAGAUCCAACCUUUUUGUAUAGUUAUUGAAUAUAUAUUAAAUUUGAUAUUUUUGAAUGUGCAUUUUGAUUAG